AUGACAGAAAAACUAGUUAUACGACGUUCAAAUGAUGUUGUUCAAAAAGAAAUUUCAUCAUAUAAUGAAUUAUAUCAAGAUUCAACAACUGUCGAUAAACGAAAAGCUCAAUAUAAAACCUUAGUAAAGAAUUAUUAUAGUUUAACAACAGAUGGUUAUGAAUAUGCUUGGGGUAAAAGUUUUCAUUGUGCUAAUCGAUUUCGUGGUGAAACAUUCGCAGAAUCAAUUCAACGACAUGAAUCUUAUUUAGCAUUAAGAAUGCAACUUAAAUCAGGAGAUAAAGUACUUGACAUCGGUUGUGGAGUUGGAGGACCAUUAAGACGUAUUGCAUAUCUAACUGGAGCGCAUAUUACUGGUAUAACAAUUAGUCCAUAUCAAAUUCAACGAGCUAGAACAAUUGGUGUACCAGCUAAUUGUGAAUUUAUUGAAGGUGACUUCAUGGACUUACCAUUUGAAAACAAUAGUUUUGAUCAUGUUUAUGCUAUAGAAUCUAUAUGUCAUUCACCAGAAAAGUCUAAAUGUUUUGCUGAAGUUUUUCGUGUACUUAAACCAGGUGGUUCAUUUGUUGCUUAUGAUGCAUGUUUAACUGAUAAAUAUGAUAAUCAAAAUCCUGAACAUAUUGAAAUAAUACAUAUGGUGGAAGCAAAUUUUGGCUUACCCGAAUUACAAUCAACCCAUCAAUUAAUUUCGGAUCUUCAAUCAGUUGGUUUUACUGUUGAAGAAAGUCGAAUACUACUCGAAGCAGAUAUUUCUUGGUAUCGCCGACUAGAGGGUGGUGAUUCAUUUUUCUCAUUAAAACAUUUUCGUACAACCCCUGUUGGCCGAUGGUUAGGGCAUAAUGCACUUUGGCUUUUGGAAAAAACUCGGAUAGUUUCUAAAGGCAGUGCAGCAAUAAGUGAUAUGUUUCAAAGAUCAGCUAAAAGUAUGGUACGUGCUGGCAAACGUGACCUAUUUACACCUUUGUUCUUUUUUCUUGCUCGGAAAUCUUAA